AGGAGCAGCCCGGCCUCCAGGGGCAGAACGUGCCGGCAGCUCUGACACUGUCCCGCCAUGGCUCUGGGACCCCCUGUCCCAAAGACACGGCGCCCCGCCGCCAUCUUGCUAACGGCGCCGCUCCGCGGUGCGGGGCCGGGCUGUGUGGUGCCCUCUGCCCGCCACGGUGAGGGGCCGGGCUGUGUGGUGCCCUCUGCCCGCCACGGUGAGGGGCCGGGCUGUGUGGUGCCCUCUGCCCGCCACGGUGAGGGGCCGGGCGUCGCGGAGCCCCGGCUCGCCAUGGCGGGGCGCCGGACGCUGUGGAGCUGGUCCGUGCAGCUCGUGGCGCUGCCCUCAGCGGCUGGCUGGUCAGGUGGAACGCUGCAGCCGUUCAACAGCCCCUACAGGAGACCUACAGAGCCGCCGCCGUGGAAGGGGUGGAGCGGCACCAUGGAGGAGGAGGAGAAGGAGGAAGGGGACGAGACUCUUCACGGGCGGCAGCAGCAGCCUGGGAGCUCUCCUGAAAAAGGUAUGGAUAAGAACACAGAUGAAGAGCAGCCUUCAACUGCCUGUAACCAGUACCCUAAGGAAGCAGUGAAGAAACGUCAGAAUUCGGGUCGAGGCUCCGGGGGCAAUGAUUCUUCCAGAACCUUCAGAAAAAGCUUCAGGCUGGACUACAGAUUAGAAGAGGAUGUAACUAAAUCAAAGAGGGGCAAAGAUGGGAGAUUUGUCAACCCAUGGCCAACAUGGAAAUCACCAACCUUACCCAACAUUUUGAAAUGGUCCUUCAUGGAAAAAAAUAACAGCAAUGUGCCACGUUCAAAGCAGGAACUCGACAAAGAACUCCCAGUGUUACAACCUUACUUUGUUCAAACUCCGGAAGAUGCUGGGAAGACAGGAGCUGGUAUGCGAGUCACGUGGCUGGGACACGCCACCGUUCUGGUGGAAAUGGAUGAACUUGUAUUUCUCACUGACCCAAUCUUCAGCCAGAGAGCUUCCCCCACUCAGCUCUUGGGUCCCAAGCGCUUCCGAGGGCCUCCGUGCACGGUGGCGCAGCUGCCCAGGAUAGACGCGGUGCUGAUCAGCCACACCCACUACGAUCACCUGGACUACAACAGCGUGGCCAGCCUGAACGAGCGCUUCGGGAGCGAGCUGCGCUGGUUCGUGCCCCUGGGGCUCCUGCCCUGGAUGCAGAGGUGUGGCUGUGAGAAUGUCAUCGAACUGGAUUGGUGGGAGGAGAACUGUGUCCCUGGUCACGAUGCGGUAACUUUUGUCUUCACUCCUUCCCAGCAUUGGUGCAAAAGGACUGUGACAGAUGAUAACAAGGUUCUCUGGGGCAGCUGGUCUGUCUUGGGACCUUGGAAUAGGUUUUUCUUUGCAGGAGAUACUGGAUAUUGUUUUGCUUUUGAACAAAUAGGUAAAAGAUUUGGACCUUUUGAUCUUGCAGCCAUCCCCAUUGGAGCUUAUGAGCCAAGGUGGUUUAUGAAAUACCAGCAUGUGGAUCCUGAAGAAGCAGUAAGAAUCCAUAUUGAUGUUCAAGCGAAGAAGUCUGUAGCAAUUCAUUGGGGGACCUUUGCUUUAGCAAAUGAGUAUUACUUGGAUCCUCCAGUUAAAUUGAAUGAAGCUCUUGAAAGAUAUGGCUUGAAAAAAGAUGACUUCUUUAUCUUACGCCAUGGAGAAUCACGGAAUUUGAAUACAAAUGACCGGUUUGAAAACUGAAAGAGUGUCAGUUCCUUGGAAGCCCUGUUUGAUCUGAACUAAUGUAACAAUACUAACAUAAUGUACACAAUAGAUUUUUGAGAUUGGAUUUCUAAAUGCCAGGUUUGUCAGUUUCAGAACUAAAGCUUGCAUACCGAUUUCAUGACAAAUUUUACUAGUUACAUUGUUUAUGGGAAAACUUGCUCUGACGUACACCACUGAUAAAAAAAAAUAUUUUUAAACUCUUCAUCUCACCUGCUGCAGCAAUAAUAACUUCAGCACAGAACAUAUUCUUAGGAUUAAUGGCUGACUUGAAUGAUUCCAUGUUAGACUAUCAUCUCUCACUUGUUAGUCUUCAGAUUAUGCCCUGUACCUUUAUGUACAAGCUUCAUACAGCUUCACUGUAUGUUUUGUGGGGUGAAGUCUUCCAAUACAGCUGUGUUGUUUAAGCACAAGCAUGGUAAAAUUGUUUCACUCUUCAUUUUCAUGUAUUAAUGAACCACAAAAGCUGAAUUUUACAUCAAAGAAAUGUGCCUUUUAAAGAAAGAGAUAAUAGUGCAUCAUGGAUGUGUAAAACUAACUGCUGGCCAGAAUACCUGCACACUUUUAUUGUUUUGUCUAUGUUUUAAUUUAGGUCUGAAUGUGUCAUUUGCAGCACAUGAAGUGGAAAAACCUCUUAAUGUCGCCUGUCCUUGCAUUAACUCAGCCUUUUUCUAAGUACCUUUUUUUUCCCCAGUAGAAAAUCUUAAGCAAGGGCUGUGGUAUUUUUUCUAAUAGCUUCCCUAUAAUUUUAAAGUUGAAUGAGAUUACAACAUUGUUCAGUGUUAUAAAAUUCAGCCAAAUGUGUCUGUAUCAAAUUGUCUUGCUCAUUUACAGAAUUAAAGCCUAUUGUUGCCAAUAAAAA